AUGGCGCCCACAACCAUCUUGCUGCGGCAUAAAYAAAUUGAGGAAAGCCUAGAUAUGGAAACRACUGGUGAAGAAACAGCUGACAAUCCAGAACCUAAAAAAUAUGAGACAGAUUCUUCAGUCUCAUCUUCAUCUGCCAGAGGGAAAGAUUCACGCAAAAGGAGUAAAAGUAGGAGACGUGGAAUCCGCAGCAGUGAUGCCCCUUCCUCUUCUGAGGAUGAUGAGUAUCUUGAAAUACAGAGGAAGAAAAGAAAUAGAAGGGGAUCUCUUCUGGUCAGCUCUCAGAAAGGUGCCUUAACGCGAGUUGACAAGGAUACCGUGAAAGUUGGAGGAAUUCUGGCUGGUGUGGAGCAAAUGCCAAUAGAUGGUUCAGUACAUUUUGAUGGCGUGGGUGGUCUUUCUGACCACAUUUCAUCUUUAAAAGAGAUGGUCAUUUUUCCAUUGCUUUAUCCCGAAAUCUUUGAGAGAUUGAAAAUUGAACCUCCAAGAGGCUGUCUCUUCUAUGGUCCACCGGGGACUGGAAAGACACUCCUUGCUCGUGCACUUGCUAAUGAAUGCAGUCAAGGUGACAUGAAAGUAUCAUUUUUUAUGAGAAAAGGUGCUGAAUGUCUGAAUAAAUGGAUAGGAGAAUCUGAACGACAGCUUCGUUUAUUAUUUGAGCAGGCCUACCAGAUGCGACCUUCAAUUAUUUUCUUUGAUGAGAUUGAUGCUCUUGCACCUGUACGAUCCAAUAAACAAGACCAAAUUCAUAGCUCUAUUGUGGGGACACUUCUGGCACUUAUGGAUGGCUUAGCCAGCAGAGGAGAGGUUGUGGUAAUAGGAGCCACCAACAGACUGGAUUCUAUAGAUCCUGCUUUACGAAGACCUGGGCGCUUUGAACGAGAAUUCCGCUUCARCUUGCCAAACAAAGAGGCAAGAAAAGAAAUUCUCAAAAUUCACACAMGAGACUGGAACCCGAAGCCAUCGGACAGCUUACUUGAAGAGCUGGCUGAAGAAUGUGUAGGAUACUGUGGUGCUGAUAUUAAAGCCUUAUGUGCUGAAACUGGUCUCUGUGCUUUGCGGCAUCGYUAUCCUCAGCUAUAUGAAAGCAGAGAGAGACUGCAGAUAAACAUGGAUUCAAUUAAAAUAAAAGCAAAUGAUUUUUCCAUGGCCAUGCAGAAGACUGUUCCAGCUUCACAGAGGGCUGCRCCUUCCCCUGGRCGAGCGYUAUCUGCUAUUUCAAAGCCACUGYUAGAAAACUCAUUAGAAAGGAUUUUACAAACCUUGCAGAGAGURUUUCCCCAUGCAGAGCUUGCACUAAAGAAGGACCAACAGCAAGGAAAUUAUGUGGUUUACAGUGAUGAGGAAUCAUCAUCAAWCUCUGAAGAGAAUCCAGCUCAUAAAACGCCUGAUCACAAAAAGACAGAAUUCUCCACUUUUAGCAGAAAUCCUCGUGACCAGCCAACAUCUUACAGGCCACGGUUCAUACUAAUUGAAGARCCAGGAUCUGGGCAAGCUUCUGAUUUGGCAGCUGCAGUAAUACAUUCCCUGGAAAAGUUUCCAAUUUAUACACUAGACACACCAACUUUGUUUGCUAGCGUAUCACCAGAUGAAACAUGUGUACAGUUGAUGCGUGAAGCUCAAAGAACAGCACCAAGUAUCAUCUAUGUCCCACAAAUCCCUUCCUGGUGGGAKACUGUUGGACCUACAGUGAGAUCAGUUUUUACAACACUACUUCAGAACAUCCCAAGGUUUACUCCAGUUUUACUCCUYGCGACAUCUAAUGCGCAACUCAGAGAUCUCCCAGAAGAGAUAAAAGCAUUAUUUAAUAAUGAAUAUGAAGAAGUUUUCAGAAUCCCACGUCCUACCUGUGCUGAAAGAAGACAGUUCUUUGAGGACUUAGUUAUGAAGCAAGCUGCUCAACCUCCUGCAGUAAAAAACAACAAAACUUGCCGGCCUUUGGAGGUGCUGCCUGUAGCACCACCACCCAAGCCUCGGAAGCUGACAGAGGAAGAAAUAAAACAGGUGGAAGAGCAGGAAGAGGAUACAUUGCGUGAACUUAGGAUUUACUUAAGAGAUGUGACUCAAAGACUUGUCAUUGACAAACGUUUCAGAGCAUUUACAAAGCCCGUUGAUCCAGAGGAGGCACCCAACUACAAGGACAUUGUUAAACAGCCCAUGGACCUCUCAAUUGUUCUCUCCAAGAUUGACAUGCACCARUACCUAACUGCAAGAGAUUUUCUAAAGGACAUCGAUCUAAUCCGCAGCAAUGCUUUAAAGUACAACCCAAAUAAAGGGCCUGCAGAUCUUUUGAGACACAAAGCUUGUACUUUGAGUGAUACAGCAUAUUCCAUAGUGAGGCAUGAAAUGGAUCAAGAGUUUGAAAAGCGCUGCCAAAAAAUUAAAGAAUCUCGCAAGGAAAGAGGUAAGUUUUUUGCAGACACAUUUCUUUGCUCUGUGAAAUGUAGGAAAGCAGACCCAAAGUGUAAUGAAUAAUGGAAGAUGCCAGCAGCACCUGUAGAUGCCAGUACCCCCCUGCUCUAA